GGUAGAACGGAUGUCCUCCAUGUUCACGUACGAAGUUCUGCAGGCAAGAUGGCAUCCAAGGCAAUACAACAUUCUGUUGGCUCUGUACAAUGAUAACUACCUCCGUGUUCUCAACGCCGAGAACAACUCCCUACAACUGACACUUUCUCUGGGUAGACAUCCCUACAGCGCUCUCUCCACUGUCAUCCCCCUGGAGGAAAACGCUAAGGAUUUUGAUUUUUCUCUACCUAUAGAAAAGCCAGCUGAAACUCGUGUACUGGUUCUGAAAGGGAAUGGAGAUGUGUUUCAUGUUGUCAUCGGUAAAAAUGAAAGCAGACGUGAAGAGCCAAUGCGAUUUGAGAUGGAAAAGAAAAGCCAGUCGUCGGUUGCACCAAACUCGCCAAGUCUCAGUAUCAUGGUCUUGCGGAGUUCACCUCCAGUCGUCGUCAUAGCUAACUCAACUGGACUGGUCAGCCAUUGUGUGUUACUGAGAGAAGGAAGAAAUCAGUACUUGCGGGUCUUUGAGCAGUACAACAUAUUCGAAAAAGAAAAAAUACCAAGACACGGACAAAAUGUAAUUUUGAAAGAUCAAACAACAGUUUACAGGUAUUUCGUGUUGCAUGCAGCUGGUGUCCAUGCAGUUAUGAUUCCAUUGAUUCCUGUGCUCGACCAAUUGUUGGGACUGGAUUGUCGAGGAAUCAGUCCGGAGAAGGUGACGACGGCAAUAAGAGAGACGGACAGUAUCGUAAGACAGCUGGUGGACACACAAGUGGGUGGGAUGCAGGUUUCCCGAAGCCUGUUUGGAGUAGGUGUGUUGCCUGUGAAAGUUACAAAGUCCCAGCUGUUGAUAUUACCAGCUGACGGCCAACCCUUCAUUCAUGAGGUUGACUCCCUCUUCCCUCCUGCCACCGACUAUCUCAACAAAUUUGUGACAAGUGUCAAGGGUCCUAAAACGGAAUUCUCUGCAGUUGUGAGCAAAUAUCUCCUCGGCAACCAAAGCUCCAAGCCACCCGUGAUCAAAGUAGGAGACGCACUGAGAAAUGCUUCACCGGAAGAAACUCUUCAGUUCCUAAGGAAAUAUAUAAGCAACCUCAAAGAGGAUCGUCUGAUAAAACUCAAAGUUGUCGCCGAGCUCAUCGAUGCCAAAAAACGUGAUAAUGCAAUUGAGUUUGGUUACCAGCUGAAACAAAUUGAUAUUCUAAUGGCUGAAAGAGAAGAACUUCAACAGAAUGCGGAAAGAAUAGCAGAACGUUACGAGGAAACUAAUGAAAAGCACAUGGAGUUGCAGAAAAGGUUGGAAAUGGUUGGGCUAAGAAUCAAUGCACCAGGAAUAUCACUGUCGGAGGAAAAAAUGAAGUCUGAGCUGCAAGCGCUGAAUGAGAAAACCCGUAAGCUUGAAAUCGAUUUUGCUCGAACUCAAGCUUUGUUUGAAAGUCGGAACAGUUUUACAGUGGCACAGGAUGCUAAGAGCUCAAAAACUUCAGAAAACACUGGAAACAACAAAAUGACAUAUUUGAGUGAUGAAAAAAAGAAAUUGAUCCAACAAGCUCUUACAAAAAUGAAUAAAAACAUUGUGGAGGCGCAGAAUAGGAUCAUGGAUUUAGGCGUCAAAUUGGACUCCUUAAAGAAACUAUAGAAUGUGUAGUUAGUAUUGGUGCUAUGAAGUAAUGUGCAGAUGAUAGUUAGUGAUAAUGAAUAAUAAGUGAUGGUCAAAACCAGAAAUUUAAAAUCUCAAAACCCAAACCAAAGCUUGAAAAUUUGAAGUAUAACUUCAAAGCUUGUAACUUAAGUGCAAAACUUUUUUACUUGUUAAUUAUCAAUUUACAACCUUUGUCUGGUCAAGGUUACACAAAAUACAAGUGAUCACAUGUUUAUUAUAAUACCAAUACCAUAAGGUAAUCAAAACUUAAAGAAAUUUGACUUUAACUCUAACAUAAUAGCAUUAAUAUAUGGCUAAUGCACUUUAAACAUUAGAAAAACAUAAGAUUUUUAAGAACAUAGUUUUGAACAAGAAACACUAAAAUAAAUUAAUAUCUUGACACUAACAUAAUAUUAUGAAUAAGAUAUAAAUUAGUGCUGAAUAAAAUUUGUAUGACAAAAAAAAUCUUGAUUCUUUAUUCUUGAUUCUUAGUUGAAAUCAAUAAAUAUCUAUAUGAAUCCAUAUGUUAAACUUUUCUAACAUUUUUGUGAUUUUGAGAUUUGAAAUUCUGUGUUGACACAUCACUAAUGAUAGUGAUGUUAAAGUGUGUGAUUCUAUCGCAAUGCAGGUACUUAUCCAAAUAUUAAUUUCAACGGAGGUGUAUACAGUCUUAGUUUCCUGUAGGUCCUCUACCAUCUUAGUUUUAGUCAAUUUAAAAUGAGAAACUAGUCUUCUCAAAAUAUGGACUCUGUUGGAUAGGAUGUACUUUUAUGUGUUUUACCCGUCCCUAAUAUUUAUUUUGUAAUGUUUCACAAUUGAUUUUGAUUCAAAUUCAAUGUAUGCUAAUUUUCAAUAAAUUCUAAAUAUUACUCAUUGAAAAACAUUUUGCAAAUGUCGGGUUUCAUUACGAGUCUUGCAUCUUACCUUUUUGAGGUAUAAUGAUCAAUGAUCAGUGAAUGAGUAAGUAAGCGGUUGUUGCCAUUUAAAUAAUGUGAUUUAAAUAGAAGUUUUAGUAGGGAUUUUGAUUUUAAAUUCAGGGGACAUAGCAGUUUUUUUUUAUUCCAGUAAAAGAAUAAAAGAUGUGUAAUUCAUUAAAGGGUUGAAAAUUUGAACUAUGGAAGUAGUUCUUGGCUCAUGACAAUUUCUAAUGGCGCUUUUUUAGAAUUAUUUGCUAUUUUAAGUAGAGUUAUAUACGGAAAUUGUGUACAUUUGUACAUAAAAACCUAUGUACAUUAAAAUUGUGUGUACCUAUGUACAUAUAAUGUGUUUAGAUUUUAUAGUACCACUUUUUAAAAAUUUUAUUGAAUGCCUAAACGUUUGGUCAGACCAGUAUUUUAAGGUUUGUUUAUAUUUAAAUGAAAUGUGGUGCUGUUAGUGAUUUAUUUUGAAUGUUUAUCAUUCAAAGACAAAUUUAAUACAAUUUAUGAUAUGAGGCAGCUAAGUGUAAUAUUUUUGUAAAAGAAUUUGUUUGUGGAUCUGUAAAUAAAAUUGUUUAUUUUAUUACAAAUAAAAUGUGCCAAUG